AUGGCGACUGCGGCGGAGGGAAAUAAAACGUUUUACGAUGUGAAUGACGCCGCGGCGUUGUUCGAAAAAUUUGUCAAGGACUACGACAAACAAUACAAGGAUGAGGCUGAUAGGGAAGUGCAUUAUCAGGCGUUUAUCAAAUCCUUACACCGAAUCAAUGAGCUAAACGCGAAACAAAGCUCCGCUACGUACGGGAUAAACAAAUUCGCAGAUUACACACAAGAGGAAACGAGACAGAUGCGCGGUAUGGCAAAACCAAAU